AUGGCAGACUUCUCAUUACCGCAGACAAAAGCCGAUACAUCGAAAAAGCCGUCUGUCACCGAAGUUCAAGAGAGCGAUGAACCCCAUCGCGACAUUUCUGGCGACAUCAUCGAGGAUGGCCUACGCCGGGGGCUUAAGGGCCGUCAAUUUGUGAUAAUUGCCCUAGGGAGUAUCAUUGGACCGGGUUGCUUUUAUGGCUUGGGCUAUGGGAUCUACGAAGCUGGUCCAUUGGGUCUCCUGAUUGGAUUUUCUGUUGUGGGUGCUUCGAUGUGGAUUUUGAUGCAGAGUGUUGGAGAGGUUGCCACGCUCUUUCCUGUUCACGGCGGGUUUGUAGAACACUGUGAUCGAUUCGUAGAUCCAGCCCUCAGCUUUGCAGUAUCUUGGCUUUACUAUUUUAUGUGGAGUGUAUUUCUUGCAUCAGAUUGGAAUAAUGCCACAGUCUUCCUUCAAUUCUGGAUUCCCGAUACCACGAUCCCCGUCUGGGCUUGGUACAUCUUAUUCUUUGUCUUUUUCUCCAUUCUAACCACCCUUGGGGUGAACUUCUACGGGGAGACUGAAUACUACUUUGGCAUGUUUAAGUUCCUGUCACUCAUUGUGCUAUUUUUUAUCUCAAUUCUUGCCGAUACUGGUGCGUUUGGUAAUGGGUAUGUCGGAUUCAGGUACUGGAAAGAGCCAUACGGCCCAAUCCGAAAUGGAAUCAAUGGAUUUGGUCAAGUAUUUGUUCUGGCCGCCGCAUACUAUGUUGGAACUGAGAUUGUUUCUGUCGCCGCGGGAGAGUCCAAGAACCCCCAACGAGACGUUCCUCGUGCCACCAAUUCUAUCCUCUAUCGUAUCUUGGUCGUGUUUGUUGGCAUGUCGUUUUUCCAAGGCCUGAUUUGUCCGUCAACAUCGGAUGAUCUGGUGCAUCCAUCGUCGACAACGGCAUCAUCCCCGUUCACUAUUGGUUUUGUACUUGCUGGGUGGAAGUCUUCCGGGCAUUUCGUCAAUGCGAUUAUUAUAAUUGCCUUCAUUUCCGCUGCGAAUGGAGUGAUCUACAUCCAAUCACGCACACUUUACUCUCUCGCGUUGAAACGCAAAGCUCCCUCGUGCUUUGCAAUCACAAACACUGGGGGGGUGCCAUACCCGGCAAUUAUUUUCUCAAAUAUGUGGGGCUUCCUAGGCCUGAUGUCCUUGCAAACAACGGCAGGGAGUCUGUUUUCCUACUUCACCUCUUUCGGUGGAACUGCGGCCUACAUCGCAUGGGCUUCGAUCACAUUUGUUCAUCUGAGAACUUGA